ACCCUGUCAAACACGGACCAUCCCACAAAUACCAACUCGACUACUAGCCUACGAACUCCACCCCGUUGCUCUGCGUUACCACCAAGAGCCUUCCCAUUCUGCUAUCAUUCGGCAGUAGCCUCUACUGCGCUCUAGGGCCAAGUACUACGGAGUCAAAUACACAUUACGGGACAACCAUGGCCCUCCUUGAUCUUGCCAUGCAAGGUUUCUCCAUCUUCGGAUUUUGCUUAUUUAUUGUUCUCUGGCUCAUGCAUUUCAUGUCGAUCAUCUAUGUCCGUCUGCAUCUCAACAAGAAAACUCCUGACAAGCAGCCCUACAGUAAGCUAGCCGGGGUCUCGCUUCUCAAGCCACUCAAAGGGGUCGACCCGAACCUCGUCAACAACCUGGAGACGUUCUUCGAGUUGGAUUACCCCAAGUAUGAGAUCCUGCUCUGUGUCCAGGAUCACGAUGACCCUGCCAUAGACGUGUGCAAGAAACUCCUGGGCAAAUACCCCAAUGUGGACGCCAGGUUAUUCAUAGGAGGGAAGAAAGUUGGCAUCAACCCAAAGAUUAACAACCUCAUGCCUGGGUACGAGGGGGCCAAGUAUGACUUGGUCUGGAUCUGCGACAGUGGAAUUCGUGUGCGGCCGGACACACUCACAGACAUGGCCAUGCAGAUGACUGAGAAGGUGGGUCUGGUCCACGGCCUCCCGUACGUUGCCGACAGACAAGGCUUCGCCGCCACGCUGGAGCAGGUAUACUUUGGGACGUCACACCCGCGUUCCUACAUCUCCGCUAACGUGAUGGGCAUCAAGUGUGUGACGGGCAUGUCGUGCCUCAUGCGCAAGGACAUCCUGGACCAGGCCGGUGGACUCAUCGCCUUCGCCCAGUACAUCGCAGAGGACUACUUCAUGGCCAAAGCCAUCGCCGACAGAGGAUGGAAAUUCUCCAUGGCAACGCAGGUAGCCAUGCAGAACUCGGGCUCCUACUCCAUUGCACAAUUUCAGUCCCGCAUGAUCAGGUGGGCGAAGCUUCGCAUCAACAUGCUGCCCGCGACCAUCAUCGAGCCCAUCUCGGAGUGCUUCGUGGCCAGCCUCAUCAUUGGCUGGGCAGCACACCACGUCUUCCGCUGGGACAUCAUGGUGUUCUUCAUGUGCCACUGCCUGGCCUGGUUCAUCUCCGAUUACAUCCAGCUACGGGGAGUCCAGGGUGGACCACCAUCCUUCUCGAAGCUGGACUAUGCGGUGGCCUGGUUCAUCCGGGAGUCCAUGGCCAUUCAGAUUUUCCUGUCGGCGCUGUGGGACCCCACCAUCAGUUGGCGGACCGGGCGGUACCGGCUCCGCUGUGGGGGCACAGCCGAGGAGAUUCUGGACGUAUAACCCACCCCCCACACCCCCCCACACACCCUUCACACACACACAUAUAAAUUAUAAAUAUAUAUAUAUAUAUACACACACUCAAACACCUACACACACCACACCAGUCACCAACGUCACCACCAACCGGCUCUGCUGCCCCGUAGCCUUUGGGGUCAGAGGUCGUGGGGGGCAGAGACUAGUCACACAUGCACACACCAUGGUGCCCACAGAGAACAUGUGAGUGGGGAGCAAUCAAGAUCAAGAAGGAGGGACGAGGAGACCAGAGAGAAUCAAACUGUCCAUGGACAACUACGGAGAAGGAAGAGAGGAGGUGGGCUUUGACGAUGGAUGAGGAACUCAUUGUGUCGAGUGUGUGGUUGUUUGUUUCGUUUUCAAUUUUUUGUGUUGUUUUUGUAGUUGUUUUUAAAUGUUACAGUAGGUGAUGAAGCCCAAGAGAGCCUUUUUGUGUGAGUGUGUGAGUGUUAUGAAAGUUUUUGUGUGUGUUCUCUGGGCCAUUUUUUGUUUUUGUUUUGUUUUUGGCCUAUUUCAGGCUUUGUGGGUGUUGUAGAGAUUACAACAGAAUCUCACGUCUUUGUAAAUGAGCCAACAGUGAGAGUGCAUGGAAACACAAGUGAAGCGAUAGAGAUUGAGAUGUGGGGGGGCGUGUGUGUGUGUGUGUGGCGGGGGGAUGAUCGGUGUCGGAUGGGUUGAUGGUGGAUGAGUUACAGAUGCCGUCAGUCUGGCCCAGUGGCCAGUGGCCAUUCUCCAGCAGGCGCUUGAGCACUUACUCACCCUAGAACGCCACAUUCACUUAUACUAAGAUCAAAAUAACUUUAUAGCUAAAACAACGAUCUCUAGCUCUGUUAGUAGGGGACGGUUAACAGUGUCCGUUGUGUAUCUCCGCGCUGCAGAGAGCUUACACGAGGAAGCAAAGGCAUCGUCUUUGUGUGUACUGUAAGCCUGAUGCUGCUGAAUGCAUGAGCUAUCUUCACCCUCUCUGGUUCACUAUUUCUGACCUACAGUAGCAAUAUUUGGUAUCUCUUUUCCCACAUCAACUGUUGUAGACAACAUGGAGGGCGAGCCACGGACAGGACAUUGCGCGCUUCAACAGGCUUCGCUUUAUGCUCUCAGGCCUUCAUUUCCACGAUGGUGACGUUCGUGUUCACCUGUUGCCUGCCCUUAGCCUGCCUGAUGCUUUCGAUAGUCUAUCUGUGCUUGAUUUACAUCUCGGUCUCAUUCUGUCCCUCUCUCUCCAGGAACUGCUGAGGUCACGCUACCUUCCCGUAAUCUCUGACUGUCUAGUAUCAGCCCAAUCUCUGUGACGUUUGCAUGCUGUCUUGUGCCUGAGAAUGCACUACACACACAAUUCUCCCCCCCCCCCCCCAUCCUCACUCCAAAUCAGUAUUUCUUGUCCUACGAGUGUGAUGUACACAUGAGUCAGUGUGGUUUUCCUGUGGUUUUCCGCUGUUGAACAUGUGCCACACGUUUUCUCUCCUUCCGCCAGAGAAAUUGGCUUCGGGCAGCCUGGUCCGCACAUUUCUGCCAUUCCCUGGCCUUUCUCAUUUCAAAUCCCUGAUGGGUUUUCACAACUUAGUCAGGGCACCUCUAGAGAAAUGCACAUCUAUAGCUCUCAUAAAGAUCCCAUCUUUUUUUUUAAGUCCUUCAGAGCUGAGACAGUAUUUAAAACAAUAAGACAAAAUGCCAAAACUACUGGUGUAUUUUUACUGGUAAGCAUUUUUUUUUUUAUAAUUUACAUUGUGUGUACUAUUCUAUUCUAUUGAGAUAUUUCAGGAACCUCUUUGCAAACCUGUUUUCAGUGUUUCAGUGAUAAUGCUUGGUAUCUAUUCGGAGUGGAAGAAUGCUGAAUAGUCUGAAGAAAAACCCUAAUCCAUCUUCCAUCAAACUGUUGAAACUCUGCGUGCUCCUGUGUGCGAUCAGGCCACACGGGGCUCCUGCGUAUGACCGAGCCACAUCGUGCCUCCACUCCUCCUAUCUGUUCAUUUUUUUCUUCCUUGAGCCAACUGAAACUAGCAGCUACAGUCCUUAAGCUAUCUGCCAGACUCGAGAAUUAAAAAAAAAAGUCUUUUUUUUUUGAGGCUAACUAACCCGCCUGCAUUCUCGUCAUACCAACACUCGUCUCCGAGCUCCAUUUGCCUCUUGCACGCUCAGUGUGUCUGAUUUCCCUGGCUUCAAUCCCAGCACUGCAUCCAAUACCAGUGUGAUGAACUUAUUUACUCGUCCAACCAGAGAUCUCUGAAGGGCUCGGUGCUGAAAUGACACAUUUUAGGGGUGAUAUGGAUGCAUUGAGACUGCGUGAGUGUGGGCGCGUGCUCACGAGUCUCGUGUCUUGUGUUGCCAGUGAGACAAGGAAAGCUGUUCUCUGUGUUCGCCGACAUGAGACCCUUGUGGAGUUCUAGGUAUGUGCAUUGUGAACCUCAGUGAAGGAACAACACACACGUCUUUUGGACUCCUUUCUUCCAAUAGCUAGCUGCUUAAAGAGCCCUGAAUCCUCUGAGGUGCUUCUCUGAACUCUGAGGGGGGUUGGUGAGACGGAGUCGACGAAGCCUGUCCUGAGUCUCUCCUGCUGGUUGACAAAGAAGCCAGCAUUUCUUUGGUUUGAUCAACCUCAUCAACUCCGUCUUUUUUUACGAUCAGGCAGAUGUUCAGUGGAGAGUCGUACUUUCCGCGGAGCGGGGGAGGGAUUCGUUUUUGUAAUCAGUGAUAAUGAGCCUCUACAGGGUUUUUAGAUCUACUACCAUCAGUUUGAAAGCAUGCAAGAUGUGAUGCGUGCCACUUUACCUACCAAGCUUUUUUUCACCUUCUCCCAGACAUUUCAAGUGCUGUCGUGCUCGUACCAUUUCAGGAAACACACACAUUGCUUUUUAAGAAUAUUCCAAAUAGGUUAGUAAAUUGCAAAAUUGAAAAACCAUGAAGACAAACCAACCAUCAAGCGGAAACUGUAGAACUGAGACGGCCAAAUGUUGUGAUGAGAUAUAGAUAAAUAUCUUUUUAAGUAAAAUUUUAAGAGUAAUAUUUCCUUCAGUGAUGCCAUCUUAGAUGCAGUCUUAAAAUUGUGUGUGUGUGUGUGUGUGUGUGUGUGUGUGUGUGGGAGGAGAUUACUUUUGAGUGCAUAGGUUGGGCAUUCCUUAAAUCCCAGUCAAAAGAGCCACACCUUGUCUGUGAGACAAUAGUCCAAGCAAUUUUUUUUUUUUUUUAAGAAAACAAAAUGAAACAAAAAAAAAGAAGAAUUCCACCUCAUUCACGGGAAGUCUGUAACACACUGUACAAUUUUCCGUUUGGACUUUCCCCAAUGUACUCGCCUGUGUGUCUGUGGCUGUACGUUCACGUGUGCAAGUUGUGUACAGGUGUGUAUGCUUAUGAGUGAGUGUGUUCUAUUGAUGGCCUUUUUUUUUUAUAAGAAAUGAAAAAUAUGUGUAAAAAAGAUUGUACAGAUCAGUGAUGAACAGUGGGGAACUGGACUUAUUUUUUUCUGUGUAUGCUUUUUAGUGUAUCUCUAGUGUAUGCAAAUACAAUAUGUCUCUUUGAGUUUGUGUGCGUGUGUGUGUAUGUGUGUGAACACUGGUGGUUCUUACUGAAUAUUACCACCAUGCUGGUAUGACUGAGGUACAGGGAUUUGGUACCGGGUUUAGCCUGUGGUCUUCAAGCCGUCCCCAAAGUCUCACACACGCGCACGCGCACACACACACACACACACACACACACACACAAAGGUGCCAUCUUUUCAGUCAGUCACAGCUGUCUUGUUCACAAAUCUGCAGUAUGUUUGGCAGUUUACACACAAAGAAUUGUGACCAAUGAGCAAUCGCCAAGUCAACAUGCACAUUGAUGUUGUUUUUUUUUUUUGUUUUUUUUUGUUUUUUUAAACAACAGUCUCCUUAAGUGCUUUGGAAAGAAUCAAUCAGGUUGAGUUUCUUGUUUUUGUCAUGUAUUUUGCCAGUGCCAUUAUUUUAUUUUAUUUUAUUUUAUUUUAUUUUAUGUUAUUGUAUGCGUAGCUUCUCUAAGAGUAACACACAUCUCCAGCGCCAAAUAGAGGCCAUAUCUGCAGUGUUCCACACAUAUCUCUGUUUGUCUGUGAUGUGGGGGCCAUGCGUUUACUGACGUAGCACCUGACGUAGCCCAGGGUCUGGGCCAUAUCUGAGCAGCUGCUGUCCGGUGUCUGCUGUUGUCUUUUAAAAUGGCCUGGCCACGUUAUUGUGAAAAGGGUACUGUUGGACAUGUUUUCUUUGUUUAUCUUUGUUCCUGUCAUUGUUUGGGUGUAACUGCUAAAUAACCCCGUCAGCUCUGGGUUUUGCUUCAGGGCCACAGGCUAGCCGCAUAGACUUUUAUUUUAGCUUAAGCCAAGUCCUCAAGAACUUGCAGUCUUGGACUUGCCGUUGAGCUGCCUACUAGGAAAAGGCCUAGCCCUGUUGUGCUACUGUGCUAAGCUACUGGUACCUGUUUGUCCAAAAAAAGACCACAGUUGCAUUAUUAGACAAUGGAAAAAUGGUCUAGUUGUGAUCCACCACCUUGUCAGUUGAAAUAUGUUGUAUACAGUUUUUUUUUUUUUCUUCUUUUUUUAUUAAAUGAGAUGUACAGUAUAUUUAUGAAGUUUGGUUGAUAUCAUUACAUUACACUGCUUCUCAAAACUUUAAUUUAUUUUCAAGCUGGAUAUAUUUUUUGAUUUUAGCUCCACAAUAAGUUAGCAGUGUAACAGUAAGGCUGGACAAACUUCGGGUUGUAAUCUUUCCAUUUUUUUUGUAGAUGCUAUCAAUUGUUGACUGUUGCAUAUUGUACCAUAAAACUGAAUGCGUAAUCCACAGCUGGAAACUGUGUUUCAAAAACAAGAAAAUUAAAGCUUUGUCAAACCACA